AUGCUUCCGUCGGAUCAAUCCAGCUCGCGGACGCCUAUUGCCGAAGAGGAACUGGUCCAAGACGAAAGAGCCGCGUCCUGGGAGAACUCUCGAAGCGAGCUUGACUUCUUGUUUCGAAGGGUAACAGCACCCGGAUCUCGUCCCGUCGGGGUGGCUGAAAAUCGACCAAGACCGAUUGACGGCCAGACUAGCAUGCAACGGGGAGUACAGCGUACAGUGUACCAUGUACAGUUUCGACGUUCUCAACUAAAUGGAGCUUCGGUCGGACUCCGAACGCCAAUUGAAUGA